CAUGCCUCCAUUUCUCGAUGGUCAAAGGUUUCGUUCACACCUAUAAUCAAACAUUUCAAAGGCAGAGAGACGACAAGACCUUCGUUUCCUCUCUCUCUCUCUCUACAGGCUCUUCUCUUUUGCCUAUAUGAAACUUCCCUUCUGUCCUGGACGCAGAAGACUUCUUCAAUUUCUACAGCUUCCUCCAGAGCUCGUUUUACCAAAUGAAUGAUUCUGAUAAGGAUAACAGCAACGGCAACACCAAGAAGCGGCAGAGAAGAGAUAAAGAAGGUGAUGGGGAUGGUGACGCCGAGAAGGAGGCCGACAAGAAGAAAGGGUUUAAGGGUAUUCUGACUUCCUUCUUGUUGUUGGAAGAACAAGAAAAGCAGGACCAUGAAGAGUCCGAGAGGGCCUCGAAGGAAGGGAGGUUGUUCUUCGAGUCAAAUAACAAGAAUAAAACGGAAGCCAUGGUGGAGUACUACUCCAAUGUCCAAGAUUAUUACGUCCAAGCCGACGAACUACAACAGACAAAGGGAAGCAAGUCCCGGCUCAUGGCCGGAGCUGUGGCCGCGGCCGCGGCCUCGGCCUCUGAUGGGUUCGAAAAGAUUGGUAAAAUAGAUAAGCGUGGAAGCAACAGCGGUGGUGGUGUUGGCGGAGCGGCCAGCCACCAUCGGAGAUUAUGGGUGAAGGACAGAUCGAAAGCGUGGUGGGACGAGUGUAACAGCCCGGAUUAUCCCGAGGAAGAAUUCAAGAAGGCUUUCAGAAUGGGGAGGGCCACGUUUGAUCUGAUUUGCGAGGAACUCAAUUCGGUUAUUGCCAAAGAAGAUACUACUCUUCGAAAUGCGAUUCCCGUUGCCCAAAGGGUCGCCGUUUGUUUAUGGAGAUUGGCCACCGGUGACCCGCUUCGACUCGUCUCCAAACGCUUCGGCCUUGGCAUAUCCACUUGCCACAAGUUGGUCCUCGAAGUCUGUUCCGCUAUUCGGACCGUGCUAAUGCCCAAGUACUUACUGUGGCCAGACGAGAACCCGUUGAGGAAGAUCAAAGAAGAAUUCGAAUCCAUUUCGGGGAUACCCAAUGUGGUCGGGUCUAUCUAUACGACUCACAUACCGAUUAUUGCGCCAAAGAUCAGUGUGGCGGCCUAUUUCAACAAGCGGCACACGGAACGGAACCAGAAAACCUCGUAUUCGAUCACGGUUCAAGGUGUAGUGAACCCCAAAGGGGUAUUUACCGAUGUGUGCGUUGGUUGGCCUGGUUCCAUGCCCGAUGAUCAGGUGCUAGAGAAGUCUGCUCUUUACCAGAGAGCCAAUGGUGGACUUUUGAAGGGCGUGUGGAUUGUUGGGGGUUCUGGGUACCCUUUACUGGAUUGGGUUCUGGUGCCAUACACGCAUGCCAAUCUGACUUGGCCUCAGAAUGCAUUCAAUGAGAAGAUUGGGGAGAUUCAAAGGGUUGCAAAAGAAGCAUUUGGGAGAUUGAAAGGCAGGUGGAGUUGCUUGCAGAAGAGAACCGAGGUCAAACUCCAAGACUUGCCUGUGGUACUUGGUGCCUGCUGUGUGUUGCACAAUAUCUGUGAGCUGAGGAAUGAAGAAAUGGAUCCGGAGCUGAGGUUUGAGCUUGUUGACGAUGAGAUGGUCCCCGAGGCUCCUUUGAGACCGUUUAGCACCAUGAAGGAUAGGGAUGCCAUUGCUCAUAAUAUUUUGCACCAUGGAAUUGGAGGCACUCGUUUUGUGUAGUGGAAAAGACUGGGACUGUGAUUCUUUUACUUAAUUGAUUCUCUCAAUUGUGUGAUAGAAGUCAUUCAUCGUUUUUUGUUGAAGGGGCUCUGUACAAGAUAAGAUAGUUGUCCCUCCCUUAAAUGGGGAUACUUUUAUAGUCUUUGUAGGCAUAAUAUUAGCUAUACUUUGAAGAUACACAGACAUGUUGUAACUUAGGUUCCAUACUUCAUUUACCAAAUAAGAUAUGAAUAGAUUUAAGCAA